AUGGCUCGAGGGUUACUGAGCCUGUUCUUUCUUUUAUUUCUACUUUCAAUUGCUACAGCCGACCUUGCUGGAGACUUGAGCAGCGAGAUAAGCUCACUAAAACUUCUCGGUGAUGACAAGUACAGCUGCAGCAAGAGUAAACCAUGCUCAAAUGGAGCCUGCUGCGGUAAAAAUGGUGUCUGUGGCUUCGGUAAAACUUACUGCGGUACCACAGGCAAAUCUCCCAACGACGCCUGCUGGAGUAACUGCGAUGCACAUGCAGAGUGCGGCAAAGAUGCAAAAGAGCCUGGCAAAGCCUGUCCUCUCAACGUCUGCUGCAGUGAAUUUGGCUUCUGUGGUACCACCGAGGAGUUCUGCGGGGAUGGGUGCCAGAGCAAGGACAAAUGUGAACAGCCUGACUCUGGGGCUUCUUCCGGCAAUGUCCAGGAGCGCAUCAUUGGAUACUAUGAGGCAUUCAAGUAUGAUUCGGACUGUCAGGGCAUGAAGAUCAAGCAGAUUCCCGUUGAGAGCUUAACCCACGUUAACUAUGCCUUCGCCUAUAUUGACCCUGAUAGCUACGACAUUGGUCCCAUGCCCGAGGUUGAGGAGAAAACCCUGAAAGACUUUACUGCUCUCAAAGAGCGCAACCCACAUGUCGUUCUUGGUGUCUCACUCGGUGGCUGGACCUUCAACGACAAUAAAACCGACACCCAGAAAGUCUUUGCCGAGCUCAGCUCCACUGAAAAAAACCGCUCCAAGUUCAUCGACAAGCUACUCUCCUUCAUGCGUCACUAUGGCUUCAAUGCCGUAGAUAUUGACUGGGAGUAUCCCGGUGCUCCUGAUAGACAACCCAAAGACUGGGACUCAACGGACGAUGGCAAAAACUACGUGAAGCUCUUGCAGGACAUUCGGAAGGCUUUUGAUGACCAAGACCUUGAGUAUGAGCUCUCUUUUACAGCUCCAACUUCUUAUUGGUACCUCCGUUGGUUUGAUAUUCAUGAAAUGGUCAAAGCCGCGACUUAUAUGAACCUUAUGAGCUACGAUCUCCACGGUGUCUGGGACUCUAGCAAUCCCAUCGGUAGCCACGUCCUCGGACACACUAACAUGACGGAGAUAAACCAAGCCCUCGAUCUUCUCUGGAGAAACGACGUCCCUGCUAAGAAAGUCAACAUGGGGUUGGCCUUCUACGCCCGAACAUUUGAGCUCAAGGAUAAGAAGUGCAAGAAGCCCGGCUGUGCCUUCAAGCACGGGGGCAAGAAAGGCGCCUGUACUGACACCGAGGGCAUUCUGUCCUACAAUGAGAUCGUCGGAAUCAUUGCAGAGGACGACAUCAAGCCCGUAUACGACAAAGAGAACGCAAUCAAGUAUCUCGUCUGGGACGAGAACCAGUGGAUCUCAUACGACGACCAGCAGACAUUCCAGCAGAAGAUCAAGAUGUUUAACGAGAAGGGCCUGGGUGGCCUCCUUAUCUGGGCUAUCGACCAGGAUACCCGAAAUCUCGAUGCGCUUCGUGGUGUUCUUUACCCAAAGGACGUUAUCAUGACGGACAGUAUGAAAGAUGACACCAGCUACUGGGAGAGCCAGCAUCCCGGGGACUGUCGAACUACAGAAUGUGGUAAGCCCUGUGGCCCGGGCAGCAUUGAAAUGGACACUUUUAAAUGCCCCGAUGGUGGAGAUAAAGGUGACUCCCGUAUCUGCUGUCCUAUCGCUGCUGCUCCUGACCCGUCAACCUGCCACUGGCGUGGUGGUGAAUCUGGAAUUCUUUGUAACGGGCAGUGUCAUGGUGGUGAAGUGGCCUUGGCUUCGGCCGUUGAUGGAGGCAACGGCCACUGUUCAGAUGGACGUCAAUUUUACUGUUGUCCUAUUCCAGAGGUUGCUGCUGGUGGCGGGAUCAAUUGCGGCUGGAAGGACACUUGCUCGGACGACCAAGAGCCCUUGACGUUUGCCGGCACUUUCUUGGAGGCUGUCUCUGAUGUGUUGGACUUCACCGGCUUGGUCGGCGAGGCCCUGGCUGAUUACCUGCGCGAUGUUGAUAUUGACAACGAACGGCAAUACUGCUGCUCCAAGGAAGAAAUCAAGAACUGGAAAGACUGCUACUGGGCUGGGAAAGGUGGACGAUUUGCGAGUAGCUGCGACGACAACCACUGCAACACCGGGCACGAGGUUGAGCUUACUCUAAGUCCCUAUGGCGAAGGAGAGGACUGUAUGCCCACUUCCCGUCAACGAGCUUUCUGCUGCACGCCCGCAAGUGGUGAAUCGUUGUUCCUACCAGUUCCUUUGGAGUAUCUCUUUGAGAACCCUCCAGAAAACGCUGAUGACCCCGAUUUCAACCUCUCGGUGGAUGAUACCUGGGGCACUGGUGACGCUCAAGGUGAUUCCGAAGAAGAACCUGAUGAUGCUGCUUUUGGAUUCGUGGUUAUCACUGCUCCUGAGGAGGUCCAAGUCAGCUUGGACAAGCGUGAUGGCUCGCCCUGGGAGUUGAUGGAUUGCCUCAACACCGAUAGCGAAGAUGAGCAUACCAUCCGCAUGGUCUGUACCGAUUCCAGCGAGGACAGCAAGUGUGACCACAUUCACCGUGGACAAGGCGCUCCUGGCACUAUUUUGCAAAUGCCUAAUCGCUGUGGUCCUGGUCGGUACGCCGUCGCGAAGGAGCUCAAGAAGUCCCAGAACCAGACCCUCGCAGGCCAUCUGAAUAAGCGUGACCUUGCCGGGAGAUCUGUCUACGACCUGACAUUUGAUUAUGACUUCAAGCGCGUCCCUCGUGACUUUGGUGACGCCAUGAUGCGAAUUGACUAUAGUAACCAGCCUGGAUACUGGGACUCGGUUGUCGACAGACCUGGUGGUAGUGAUGCCGAGCGAAAGAGCAAACGUGCAAAGCGAGAUGAAUCUGGUUUCCACAAAAACCGCAAGCGCUGGCUCGAAGAAGAAUGGCGCGAGGCGUAUCACAAUGAGGGUAUGGAGCGCCAUGAGGUCCACAAACGCUGGUUCGGCGAGGAUAUUCUCAACUGGCUCGCUGAACUGAUUAUUGUCGGCGAGGCGGAGGCCACAAAAGAGCUUAACCACAAAGUCAAUGAGAAGGUUGAGCUCAUUCUCAUAGAUCAGCAGUUUGGGCCGUGUCCUGUUGGUAAAGCUCAGGCCCAGGCGAACAUCAAGUCCACCAUUACAGCUGAGAUUGACGUCGAGACUUCCUUCGGUCUCACCAUAAUCACCACCCUUACGAAAGGAAUGGAUCUCAGCAGAUCUUACCUCUACUUCCGAAACGCCGGAGAGGUAAACGCCAGGUUUGAACUUGAUGCCGUUGCCUCCCUAACCUACUCUACCGGUGAUAUCAAGCUGCUCGGUCUCGACGACUUCCCCGGUGCCACUUUCCGCGUGCCUGGGGUCGUCACAGUCGGCCCUAACCUCGCCGUCUAUGCCUCCGCCGAUGCCUCUCUUGUCUUAGCCGGCCACCUCGAGGCAGACGUUACCCUCGCAUCGUGGGAAAUUCAGCAGACGUACCCUCAAAGCGACAAACACCCUGAUCAAGCCCUGGAAGAGCCCGACCGCGAAGCCAAAACCAUUGGCAAGCCCUCCUUUGACGCCUCUGUCACUGCCAACGGCGAAAUUGCCUUGCAUCUCAAGCCCACUGUCAGCUUUGGAAUUGACUUCGAUGACCGUUGGAAGGUACCCCGGUGCGCCGUCGAUCUUGUCCUAGACGGCUAUGUGAUCGGACACGCGCAAGCCCACGCCUCAUUAAAUGGUGACAACAGCUGCCCCUUCAGCUAUGGUAUUGAUGCCGGCUCGACAAUGUACGCACAACUCGACGCGCCUGAAGAAUUCGGAUGGGGCGAUGACCUCCGCGUCACACUCGCUGAGGUGCCCAGGAAGCAGAUCUCGCCUUCGACUUGCGUAGGCGACAGUGGUGACAAGGACAAACGGGCAUCUCUGGGCUAUGAGACUCUUAAUGCCUCUACAGAUGCCGUCUUCCCACAUAACCGUGGCCUCAUGCCUAUGCCGGUGUCCCAUAACCUUGCCAAGCGCGACACUCUGACUCUCGGGCCUUUGGUUACAAUUCCCGACAGUUUCCUCAACUGUCCCGGAGAAGACAACGGGAAGAACUUUUGUGUGAUGUGUUCAAUGUUCGGCAAGGAGAGCAGCGACAAGGAGGACUCGAAAAGAUCAGUUCCGCCGCUAUUCCGCCGCGAUGACGAUGAUACCUGCCCUUACUAUCCACCCGGUGAUGACGAGAAAUGUACCGAUUCCGACUCGUCCCUCUUGGCGCGCGCAUCAGAUCCGAAUACCGCCAAGAAAAUGACUCUCAGUUUCCUGAGUUCGAAGAAACAAUUCACGUACCUAAGGUAUCCGCGGUGUAACGCCAAGAACAAUGGACCGACGAAGGUGGCAAAGUGGUAUCUUCCCGAGUUUAUGCUCUCCAGCUCAACGGAUAUCAACGACAACCGACGGUGCUCGGCAAAGACAACCAAAGAGAAUUCUAACCAGGGAGCCAACAAUGACUACUACGUGGAUGGAAACUCGGAUCUACCUGCUAAGGUCUUCCGCUCGGAACAUGUCUUCGAAGUGCACCUGGUCAGCCAUUUCCUGGAGUGGGUGUGCGGGGGAACAAAAGAAGCCAAGUACGGAAAUCUGAGAAACAAGCUUCCUUUCCCUGGGAAUUGGACUGCUGCCGAUGGUACUUGGUGCAACGAAGUGUUUGGAGGGUCCAGUGGUGGAAUGACUUGGUCAAGAAACAACGGCCCCAAAAAGAACUGGGUCCAGCAUACAGCCGACUUCUUAGGAAGUGCCGCCAAUACUGAUCUGCUCGUUCUUUAUCACGACUCGCCCAAUGGAGUCAAGAAGGUCAUCACAGAAGGGAAUCAGCCAGAACUCGAUAUCAGUCUGCAAGAGAAGGGUCUAGCGGACAAGGUCAUGAUGAGUGCCACCGUUUUUGACUAUAUCCGAACCCUCAGCGACAAAUGGACCAAACCCAGCCAAGACAUCGAGUUAAUCUCCGACGAGUUCGACCAUGAAUACACCCGCCAAUACGUCAACAAUAAACCUUCAGGCAAGGCAAUCGAGAAGCCCAAGGCCCCCCGUGACAUCAAACACUGGGGUCUGCGUACUCUAUGGGCCUAUUGGAUUGAUCGGCACCUUAACGAGAUUGAAAAGGUGCAGAGCGGAUGGCACCAAGUCGCUAAAACAAGAAUGGAAGGCAAGGGCCAGAACAACGCAGACGCGAAGAAGUUUGCAUCCCAGACUAUGACGAGUGGCGAUGCAGCAGUGGGUAAGUUCAAGUUCCCCCAGAAGAACGUGGGGAAACCCCUUCCUGGUGAUCCGACGAGUUCAUCGAAUGAUAAGAGUAAAUACGGGAUGUGGGGAGACAAUCAGCUCGGAAAGCUGGGCCUGUAG